CCAGACGGUUCUGACAGUAGUUUUUCGUGGCAAGCGCGAAACGUCUCGUCUCGUUUCGUUUACGUGCGUGUCGAUCGGUGGCAACGUGCGACUUGUUGGAUUAAGUGCACCCACGGACGGGGACGUGACUGCAGGAUUAUCGGUUUAAAUUCGCGAACGCGUAGCAAAUACAUCCCCUUUUUUCUCGCACGUUCGUUUGGGGCUACCCGAGAGGUGCACGACUGACAACAAAACGACAUUAUCGGCGGUUCCGAUUUCCUCGAGACGGUAGUUUCGCGCGAGCGUUCGGGGAUCGUUUUGUGAACCGUGAAAAACGCCGAGACGAAGCGGUGUGUGUCGCGUGCUCGAAAAGUGUGAUCGUCGGAGACCACGUGGAACACCGUGGGCGCCAUCGCGGGCUGAAUUUCGAAUUUCGCGCGACAACGGCGGCGCGAACCCGCGGCCAAGUUCAUUGCCGUGCGCUCGGCCUCGGGCGGUUUUCUCCGAGUGAAAAAAAAGCGUUGGUUAUUGGUGGCAAUCUCUCGUGGCCGUGGAACACACGGCGGGUGGCACAUUGUAGCCGUCUCGAGCGGCGUUUGUACAAGUGGAUUUAACCUUGCGACCGAACACGUGGAUGCAUGCCGACCUGUCUACGACGCCGUGCUUCUGAGCGCCGGUGCUGUCUACACGAAAAUUUCAGGUGCGCAAGAAAAUGCGCGUGAGGUCAAGGUGACGGUAGAACAUGGAGACCAUGCAAGACAGCGGUGGGUUGCAGGUCGAUGGCUCGAGAGGAAGUGUCGCGUCGAGUUUGCCAGCUUCGAAAACAGUGAAUCGGUUGAAAAUAGUGGAAAGUGGUGAUGAAAGUGGCAAACAUCUGAGCAGGAGUAAACCCGAGAUGGAUCCUUACAAGGAGCUGGAGCUGUAUUUUGCCAAAGUUAACGAGGAGAUUGGUGAAAUCAUCGAAUCGGCACCAACGACUCCGCUGACCAUCGCGAACGAACCAAAGUACCACCCCCAGCCAGUAGUUCAGCCCGCGAGCCACGCGAACGACCAAAAGAAGCCGUUUCCGGCGAAUAGCGGCGUCCUCAGACGACAGAACUCGGCCGGCAGGAGCUGCACGGUCGCCGACGACAUCGGCGAUUGGUCGAACAACAUCCUGGCCGAGUUCAACACGAUCAUAGAGAAAGAAAUCUACGAACUGACCAAAGAGAAAUCGAGACAGGAGCGGAACGGAAACAAGGAAGGCUCCAGGAUCGUGCAGUACAAGGAGCUGCUGAACGAGUUCGGCAUAUCGGACAGCGAGAGUUCCGCGGGAAGCUCGUGCGGGACGAGCACCGAUCGAUCAUCGUCCCGGCGAAACAAGGAGAUCCGCGAUCGACGAAAUGGAAAGUUGUUCUCCGACGAGACGGGCUAUCGCUUCCUGUUGAGCCCCGGCUACGGGGAGCUGCAAAAUCGGUCCGUUUCACCGGAAAACGGGCAUAGAAAGAGCGGUAGCUUGCCGGAGAAUCUCCAGGACGUGAUCUCCAGACGAUACCCGCCGAUAGAGAGCUACGGCUACGACGAGUCGCACGAUCCGUCGCCGACGAGGUUCAUGGAGGAUCAGAUCGAUCGGAACACUUCUAGUCUACCCUCGAAACUUGAUCGCGGACGCGACAGGGACGGGUCGCGCGCCAACUACCUCAAAUGCAGUUACGACGAGCCAAAGAAACACGUAGAAAUAAGUUCGAAUAUCAACGAGGUUGUCAGCGACGCGAAGACCGCCGCGCCUUCGCGGAUCGACGAGUCGAACGCCAAAUUGCCGCCGAGGCAGCGGUUGGACGCCCACAGGAAGACCAGUCUGCCGUUGAACCUGAUGAGCCAGAAGCGAAGGAGGACGCCCAGGUUGUCCAGGAUACGACGCAACGACGAUCACAUGGAUCCCGAUUACGACUGCGACGAGGAUAAAGUUCCAGGCGGGAACAGAACCUUCGAAGGGUCCGCGCCAAAGUCCGCCCCUGUCACGCCGACCGAAGAGAAGAGGUCCCCGUUCUCCAAGCUGCUAUGGAAGAAACACGCGCCAGUGUUUCGCGAGAACACGGAGGACGUUGUUCUGGUCAGAGUGUCCUCGCUGCCGGAUCAGGACUUUCUGGAUUCGGAGAACGAGACGUCGCGAGGUCCCUCGGAUAAGAAUCGGAUUAAUUCGAAGGAGGGUAUCGCGAGAAAGAGAGCGGUCUCGCCGUUGACUUUACGCUCGGACGUAUCGGCGAAGAGGCUGUCCGAGUCCGAUAAGGACGUCAGGGAGAUCAGUUCGGUGGAUCUGAAAAAGUUCUCGCUCUCGAGAUCGAGGGCCAACGACGUGGGCGUCAGCUGCGAUCUCCCGGAAGACGACAACGUUGAGUCCGUCGACAGCGCCGAUAGCGGAAAGUUUGAUCGAAUACGGAACCUCGACGCGAAGAAAAUAAUGGACGAGCAGAGCUCCAGAUCCGGUUCGCUACCAAUUUCUCUUCAAUCUCUGUUAUCGAAGAUACGGAACGGUUCUGGCUCGUGUUGCCCGAACAGUCCACCGAUGGAUUCGAUCACUUGCUCCGACAUGGCGACGCAAACUUCGCCAGCUAUUUCGAGAAGUUCGAGCUUCACAUGGGUCAGCGAUUGCGAGUCUCCGAGAGCGGAAUCGCAAAUGGAUUUUCAAUCGUUACAAGAUGAAAGCACAUUGGAUCCAGCGUCCCCGCAAGACACCGUUGACGACGACAAUAGAUCCUCGUCGUCGUCGCAGGAUCUUCUGCAGAGCAUGGACGAGAUUUCCUCCGGAAGUCUCUCGCCGGAUACAACCGACAGAGCAUCUCCUCUCGAAAGUGGCAUUGGCACCGCCAGUCCUCCUAGAAGUACAGAUCGACGGAUAGUUAAGCCCCCGUCGUCCAACAAGUGUCAUCGCAAGGAGACCUGGGAGAGGAUCCGGCGGCGUCCGUCGAAGUUGAACUCGCGAAACGACAAGCAUUCCCAAGACGUGUGGAUAAAACGCGAGAGCGUGCACACGCAAACGAAAGAAACCGACGACCAAUAUUCCCAGGACGUGGUGGACAGCAGCAGCGGCCUCGACGACACCCUGCCGAGGAUCAAGCCCCUACGGCCGACGAAUCUGCCGUUGUGUUUGUCCACCACCGCGAGUAGUUCAUUAAGCUCUGGAGAACUGUUGGAAAUGCCUCCUCGAGCACCUUCCUCGCCUUCUGCCGCUAGCCUUCAGCUGAAACCGGAACCGCUGACCGUGGAGAUGGGCGGAAAAAGUAGCAGCGCUCCGUUGUUGGAGAACAACGACACGGAGAAAACCAACGGGAAAGCGCCGAGUUUGCAGCAGCCACGCUCGCAGUCGGAACGACAACUAUCAGAGAUCGAAGCGCAAGAGGCUUGCAAAUGGCUGAGGGCAGCUGGCUUUCCACAGUAUGCACAGAUGUACGAGGAUUACCAGUUUCCGAUAGAUGUUUCUGGCGUAGCUAAGGACCACCCCUUCCUCGAGGCUGAUUCUCUGCAGAGUCUAUUUCGACGAUUGCAGGCGCUCAAUCGGUGCGCUAAUAUGAAAAUCGACACGCAUCACACCCACAGCACCAGUCAUAGCAAAAGCGGUGGCGGUGAUGAUUCGGACGAAGACACUCAGUGCGCCCUGAGUGAGAAUUGGACCUUCGAGAAGAAAACCAGACGCUGGUCGCGCGUGUGCGACGUGACGCAAGCGAACGUCGAGAGGCUGCAGGCGAUCGCCGGCCAGAACGCGCAGUCCGAAGAGGACUCGUUGGAAGAUCGUCUGGAGGCCGACGAGGCUGAGGACACGAUGUUGGACACGCUCAAAUACAGCAGUUUACCGCCCGGCUCGCUACCCGACGAAAUCAAUCCCAGAUUUCGGAGAACCGGCUCCGAAAGGUGGAAGGACGGAGCCAAAGCGUUCCUCAGGCGAGUCGAGUCGCUCAAGUCCCGACGACGCAAGCGUCAGAACCGCGACGAGAUCGUCAUCAGCGGACCGCAGAUCUUGAACGAGAUGUCGAUGAAACAAAAAAUGAAGGAACUGAAUUGCGUGGAUGUGUCACCGACGGGUCUAGCGCCGAUGUCUUUCAACGAUCUUCCGGGAUCGCCGCUUCACAUCCCGGGAUCGCCAGUCACGUUACCAGCUUCGCCUUAUCACCUUCCACCCUCGCCGCUGGCCAACGCGCCCAGCCCGUUCGGCGACGAUUCCUCGAGUUAUUGCUCGGACGGCUCGCAAGGAGGUGGCCCGACGCCUACGCCGACGCGCACGAAGAUGAAUCGGGCGCGAAGGUUCCUGCACCGCGGCCGCGAGGAUCAAGGCGCGCUCAGCGACUCCGAGUGCCAGCCUACCAGUUGGCGUCACAGGUACUUCAGAGACGCCAACAGCAAUCAUGCCAAGGUGCUGGAGUACGUGACCGCCCAUCCCCAGAGCCCGAAGGACUCGCCGUCCAAAACCGCUCCCAUAAAUACUCGCGGCGGAAGCCUGAAUCUUGGCAAGGAGUCGCAAAGGUACAGGGACAAGUUGUCGCAGGGCCAGGACAGGUACAAGGAGGACAAGGUGGCCGCGUUGAAGAGGGAGGACAAAAUGCACAAAAGCUUCAGGCAUCGCGACGACUCGUACAGGGAAGGCAAACCUCUGUCCAAGGUUACCGUUUACAGAGACAAAUCAAGGUCCAGGAGUUCCGAGCUCGCUGGAAGCCAAGAGAGCAGUUCUACGGUAGCCAGUCGCGAUUCGGAUCAGGAGGAGGAUUCUCCGAGGCAUAAGGGCACCGUUGUCAGGUGGCACAGUUUCCAGAGAGGAUCUUUGUACCCGGAUCCUUUGGAUCCUCUGUGUCCUCGAGCUAUGGCCUCAAUGUCCUGCGGACAGCUCUUAGUACUGAGGAAAUUGGCUUUGUUAAAAUUGACCGCCUGCAUGGAACGAUACUGUCCGACUCAUCGUACAGGGUGGAACUGGGAACUGCCAAAGUUCAUCAGAAAAAUAAAGACUCCCGACUACAAGGAUAAAACCGUGUUCGGGGUACCGUUGCUGCUAUCCUUGCAGAGAACAGGACAAGCCUUACCAAAGUGUAUUCAAAUUGCUCUGAGAUGGUUGAGGGCUAACGCUCUCGAUCAAGUCGGGAUCUUCAGAAAGAGCGGGGUUAGAUCGAGGAUACAGAAGUUGAAGAUGAUGACGGAAACGCAGGGGGAUAACAUUAAUUUCGACGGACAGCAGGCCUUCGACGUGGCCGAUCUCGUGAAACAGUACUUCAGGGAGUUGCCAGAGGCUUUAUUGACGAACAAGCUAUCCGAGACCUUCAUCGCUAUCUUCCAACAUGUACCUGUUGAAUUGCGACCAGACGCCGUGCAGUGCGUCCUCUUGCUUCUGCCGGACGAGCAUCGCGAGGCGUUGGAAACUCUGCUCGAUUUCUUGAACCACGUAGCGAGCAACGCUCUAUACAACCAAAUGACAGCCUCGAACCUGGCCGUGUGCCUGGCACCGAGCCUGUUCCACUUCAACCACAGCAACACGAACGUGACCAACAGGUCGAGCAGCGUAUCGCCACGUAGGAGAAAGACCGUGGGCAUUCCCGAUCAGAGGGAACUGUCGGAAAACAAAGCCGCUCACGACUGUCUUCUGUAUCUGGUCAAGAUGCAUCGUGAAUUAUUCAUGGUCUCCUCGGAUAUGUUGACGCAGUGUCAUUUCAAUUACAUGGAAGAAAGCGUCCCGGUCGCCUUGGAGGAGCUGGGAUCGGAGCUCAAGCAAGACUGGAGGGGAUACCUUUAUGCUUGCACUACGGCCCUCUUGAAGGAGGCGCGUGAAAAAAGUCGAGGAUGGGACACUGUCAAUAAUCCUGCUGACAGUACGGUGGAAAUGGCUUACAAGAAGGUCGGUGAUAGUCAUCCGCUUCGACUAUGGCGAGUGUCGACCGAGGUGGAGGCUCCGCCGAACGAGCUUCUUCAUCGUGUUCUGAGAGAGAGACACAUUUGGGAUCCUCAGCUUCUAAAGUACAGACUGGUUGCCAAGCUAGACACCAACGCGGAGGUCUUUCAAUAUGCCACCGGGAACAUGAGUCCUCUUCCCGCCAGGGAUUAUUGUGUGCUAAGAUCCUGGCGUAAUGAUCUCCCCAAAGGGGCCUGCGUCAUCGUAGAAACGUCCGUAGAACAUCCGGAUGCUCCUGUCAUGCUUGGUGGAACACGUGGUAUUGUUUUGGCCUCGCGCUAUCUCAUCGAACCUUGCGGUAGUGGUAAAUCACGGAUCAUGCAUCUUUCCAGAGUGGAUACAAAAGGACGCACUCCAGAGUGGUACAAGAAAAGCUACGGCCAUCUCGCCGCCCUUCACCUUAGCAAAAUUCGCAACUCUUUCAAACACACAACCGAUGGUCCAGAAAGCAAAGUCUGAGACGAGGCAACCGUGCAGCGAUCUCCGUUGCACGGUCCUUACACAACUCUACAAGAACAAGAUGACCAACAUCAGGAGCUGAGGAUUCUAAAAGAACUGCGACAAGUUGAGCCUACCAUCGAUGAGGAAUAAACGAAAAUUGAAAAUUCUGCGUCUAGAGUAUAUUAGAAGAAAUUAGAAAUCCGUAGGAGACGCGACUCGUUAUCGAAAAUGAACACCGUCGUGUGUAUCUCGCGUUGAUUCAACCGAUAUUCCGGAAAGAAUAUUAAUUAUCAAUAACGUGCACGCGCUUAAAUCGAUGUGAAGCAAUUUCUGUUGAAGCCUGAGAUGUUUAGCGUAGACGUUGAAUCGUUGUCAACCUUAAAAGGGGAAACAGUUUAUUGUUAUCGUAAUUAUAGACGAAAAUUCUCUAUGUGAAGCUUCAUUGUCCAAGGAUCUUGCCGUCCAGUGAUCGCGAAAGUCGUUGAAGGCAGGACACCAAUUAAAAAAAAAAAAAGAAAAUAUACGACGAGAGCUAGUACGUGUUUUUUCGUGUACGAUAGGGUAACGCGUUAUUUCUGCGAUACCAGUAGUCCGAUGUUAUUGUUAUCAGCAGUUCCAGAAGUGAUAUUUGUUAUCGGUAACGAGCAGAGAAUCACUGUAUCGCGCAGUGUUUUCGUCGAUUUAGCAUUUAGCUAAAAGCUACGACGAUCGUGCGUCGAAUAGAUAAUAUAUUCGAUCGUAGUCGCUAAUAAAAUACGUUGCAGUAUGUGUAUUCCGCGUCGCACGAUAUUUUAAUCUUACCAAAAGAACGAAAGGAAUGGAAAGAAGCCGCGCACAAUAUUAAUAACUUCGCACCGUUUAGCACCUAAGAGCCCGUAUUUUGUAUGUUUCUUUCGGACCAAAUGCCAAUUUUUCUAUUGUAUCAUAUCGCGCCGUUCAUAUCGUGUCGAGAGAUGGUUAUUUUAGACCGAUUAUUUUGUAAAUGUCACGAUUUAGACGAGCGACCGUGUAAAGAGUAUCCGUAAUAUGUUGUAUGUACGUGUAUCUAUUUAUAAAAGAAAUUCCGACGGCGACGGAACGCGUUUACAGCGUUCGUUGUCGGCUUCGAAUGCAUGUUCUGAUCGUCGUAAUUUGGAGCAACCCGGUCCCCCCUCCCUCCCCCAAUCUCGCGAUUAACCCGAUUAAUCGAGCAAUGCGAAAGGAUUUUGAGUAAACGUGUAAGUUUUCGAGUCUGAGCGCCACCCGAACGGGCGCGCGACGCGAACUCGUUAAUUAAGCAAUCGUCGUUGUCACUCGUAUCGAUGUCGAAGCGUUGUAGCUGUCAUAGAGUCUAUCGUUAAUUGUCUGUCUGAAAAUUGUACGUGUCUGCCGAGCCGGUGGUUCGCGGAACUAUUUUUUAACCGGUUUCUCGGUCAGUCGAGCAUUUAGAAAGAUCGUCGUUUGAGAUAAUUCGUGACGCAACUUCGCGCAUAGGGACCACCUUCGUUUGGACCCCAAAAUCAGGAAACGACCUGGAGAAAUAAUACACCUCAUCGAAUCGAAUUAUAAAUGUAUUUUAACAUAAUACUAGUCACUUACAGUUAGAUGAAAUUAUGGAAAUACGAUAUAAGUGUAUAGAUUUUUAUUCUACAAACGUUAUGCCGAAAAUAUUUAAUUAUUAUUAUAGAACUAAAGUAACUCUAUGGGAAAUAUAUGAUAUUUUUGUGUCCAAAAAACGCCAGUAGGAACACGAGAAUGCGUGCGUGCGUGAGAGAGAAAGAGACCGCGUUUGAAUGUUUCACCGUUAUUUGUAACGACAUAUGAUCGUCUUUAUUCUUGUAAUCCGUGUUUCACUAGAAUGUAAAUAUGUAUAUUAUACAAUAAUGAAACACAAUUAUAUACUCAU